AUGUGUGAGCGUGACACAAAGGUUAUGCCAAACAGAAAACCUUGGUACCAGCGAGCCAUGGCGAUCGCAAGAAUCGCCACGAACUGGAGAACAAUCCCCAAAUCCCCAUCGCGAAGCCCUAGCGUCAACAAGUCGAAUCAUCAUCACCAAACUCAAAACCAUCAUCACCACCAGCUGAGGAAAUGCACGUCUCUGAAAGUAGCCGCGAACUCAUUCACUAGGGUUUGUCUCUGCGCUCCGAUCGGUCCAUACGACGACGUGUUUCGUAACUACGUCCCGCCGAGACGGAGCUCGAGCUAUCCUCCGUCGAAGCCUCUUCCGAUGGUGACGGAGACGGCGGUUGCGACGGCGACGGCGAGGAUGAGCGUGGAUUCAGGGAGGAGGAUUUUUAGAGGGAAGUCGUUGAAGGAGAACGCGUUGAUGAGAAGAUUCGUGGCGGCAGAAGAGGAAGCGAUGAUGGAGAAUAGGAGGAGAGAUCAGAUGGAGGUUGUGAGGAAGAGACAUCAGAUGAGGAGGAAGAAGAAGCUUGGACCUAGUCCUCUUAGUCGCAUGGUUAUUGCUGAAGAUGAUGAACAAGUUUUUCAUUAA